AUGUUCAACAUCUGCAGAAGAGGACCAGCCUCAAUAUCCAGAGUCCUUCGAACCGCGACAUCAGCUGUUCGCAUUCCAUCAACGAGACCCUCGACGCUUUCUUUAUCAACCCACAUCACACACAAGCCGGCGCUGGAAGCAAGAUGGCUUCAUGUUUCGUCGCAAUUGAGAAAUCAAGCAGUAGCGGAGAGUCAAGUAGAUUCUGCAGCGUCCCAGGAGUUUCCUGCUGUCACCAAGUUCGACGAUCUCCUUGCCCAUAAACUGGUCCACCCAAAUAUUGUUAAUGCGAUUACGAAAGGAAUGGGUCACCACACCAUGACAGACGUACAGUCCAUGACCAUUAACCAGGCCUUACAAGGCACUGACAUUAUUGCGCAAGCUCGUACAGGAACAGGAAAGACCAUUGGAUUCCUUGUUCCUAUGCUGCAGAACAUAAUCCGUAGAAAUCCAGAACUCGCCGAACGAAAGCGAUACUCCAACGCCCGAGCCUCCGAUAUCCGCGCUAUAAUAAUUUCACCUACGCGUGAAUUGGCAGAACAAAUUGCUACCGAGGCAGCGAAGCUAUGCAGCGCCACCGAUUUGAUUGUACAAAUUGCUGUGGGAGGAAAUAGCAAGCGAAUGAUGUUGUCAAAGACACGCCGGGAAGGAUGCCACAUACUAGUCGCUACCCCUGGCAGACUAUACGAUUUGUUGAGUGAUCCUUACAGCGGCAUUCGCGCCGAUCAACUCACAACUCUCGUCCUAGAUGAGGCCGAUCGGUUAUUGGACGAUGGGUUCUCCAAGGACAUUGACGAGAUCAAGACCCUCCUGCCUGACAUUACCAAGGUGGACAGACAAACACUCCUCUUUUCUGCCACUGUUCCGCGGGAAGUCAUGGGCCUAGUCAAGAGAACACUAAAGCCAGAUUUUCACUUUGUCCAGACGGUAAAGGAAGGAGAUCUUGCCACACAUCAAAAGGUUCCCCAAAACGUUGUCACUGUUGCUGGAUACGAAAAUCUGAUGCCAGCCGUGUAUGAGCUGUGCAAGCGACAAGUCGACCUGGCCGCCAAAGGGGAGGGACUUCCCUUCAAGGCAAUUAUCUACUUUCAAGCAACGGCCAGUGUUCAACUCGCCUACAGAACAUUUGACAAUUUAGCCGAUCAGAGUGGUGGCCGAUUCGCAAAAUCUCCAUUGUACCCAGCGGAAAUAUCUCAAAUCCACGGCCAACUGACACAAGAAAGACGUACCAACGUUACAGAACGAUUCCGUCGCGCCAAGACCGGCAUAUUGUUCUCUACUGAUGUUACUGCCCGUGGCAUGGAUUUUCCAAAUGUAACUCAUGUUAUUCAGGUAGGCCUUCCAAGCAAUAGAGAACAAUAUAUCCAUCGUGUAGGUCGCACGGGUCGUGGUGACAAGACCGGAUCUGCCUACAUCUUUGUUCACGAAGCCGAGAUGGAUAACGCCGCAAGAACACUUCGCCAACUUCCGAUCAAAAAGGACGACACAUUAGAAACGGCCAUGGUCGACAUGACUAAAGAUGCUCAACUCCCUGCGUCUGUAGCGGAGAUAAUAACCCAGGUCGGACUCGCAACGAAGAUGAUAGAUCGCGACACCAAACAAGCUGCCUUCAUGGGCACGCUUGGUACCAUGAAGGGUGUUCGCAAUGGAAUUGAUAUUCUAAACCAGUGGACGAAGUAUGUGGAGGUGGAGGAAGAGGCCGUCCAUCAGGCGCAUCUGGUGGUAGAAGUGGAGGAAGCAGAUUUGGCGGCGACAGAGGUGGAUUCGGCGGAGACAGAGGUGGCAGAGGAGGAUACGGUGGAGAGUAGAGGUGGAGGGUUCGGCGGAGACAGAGGUGGCAGAGGCGGAAGCAGAUUUGGCGGCGACAGAGGUGGAUUUGGCGGAGACAGAGGUGGCAGAGGAGGAAGCAGAUUUGGCGGCGACGGUGACCGUGGAUUCGGUGGUUCUGGUGGCUCUCGAAGUGGAGGUUUCAGCAACAGGGGACGGCCCGCACCGAACGACUUCAACUUCUAG